UGCAAGGUGCAUAGCUACUUUCAUCGCCGUACCUUUUCGUUACCUAGUUGGAGGUCCGAGUGCAGUAGUUUUUUAACGAUUAGAUUUUUACAUUAUAAUUCUUUUACAGAUUUGGAAUAGUUGUAGUUGAGAAAGUGACUUUUGUUUGCGCAAAAAAAAAACAAAAAUUAAUGUUAUGGUGGAAGCCCGCUGAGACUGCUGUGAGGAGAGAGAGCUCGGUGUCACAGCCACUGUAUUCUUGUUGAUGUCGGCGGCGGCGGUGGUGGUGCUGGCGGUGGAUACAGACACGAUUUGGCGAUUUAGCAAUUAACCAAGACGCUUGAAAAAAAAAAAAACAUUGGAUAUCAAAAAAUGGGACGGCAGUGGCACUUUAUUUUAGCAUUAUCUUUCCUUCCCGCGGUGUUUAGUGUGGAUUUCGGCGGAACGAGUGCGUCGCGUAACACGCACUCUCUUCACAUGAAUGCAGACAGUAAGAUCAGGUCCGCGGUGGAUUCAUCAAAUCAGCAUAGCAUAAAAAAGAGAAGCACAGGCGACGGACAAGACACCUGUAAUGGUCUACAGGGAUACAACGCCAAAUUAUCCAGCAACACUCACAGUAACACAUUUAAUGAUCUUAGUGGAUCAGUGGCUCUGGCCUGGAUAGGAGAUGGAACAGGGGUCGUUUUGGCCUUGACUACAUUUCAGAUGCCUAUUUUCUUGCUACGAUUUGGCCAGUCCAGACUUUACAGGAGUGAGGACUAUGGAAAGACAUUCGAGGAUGUCACAUACCUUAUUAACAACACAUUUAUCAGCACUGAGUUUGGGAUUGCCAUUGGCCCUGAGAAUUCUGGGAAGGUGAUCCUUACAGGAGAUGUGUCUGGAAGCAGUGGAUCCAGGAUCUUCCUGUCCACUGACUUUGGGAACAGCUUUACUCCAUCGGACCUGUCUUUCAACCCUCGCAUGCAGAUUAUGUAUAACCCCCAAAAUUCCAAUGUCCUCGUGGCCAUCAGUGUCAAGAAUGAACUCUGGAUUUCAGAGGAUUUUGCUGUGACAUGGAAGAAAAUCUACGAGACUGCGUGUGUGGUGAAAUGGGGAGAAGACAACACACUCUUCUUUUCCACCAACCUGAAUGGAUCCUGCUAUGAUAGGGGGGAGCUUGUCUUGAUGAAAUCAGUAGACUAUGGCAAGACAUUUAAGACAGUCGCUGAAAAGAUCUACUCCUUUGGGAUUGGUGGCCGUUUCCUCUUCGCCUCAGUCAUGACUGGAACAGGAAUGAUGCGGAUGAUCCAUGUGUCCACAGACCAGGGUGAGGAGUGGAACAUGGCUCAGCUUCCUCCUGUAGGCCAUGAACAGUUCUACUCCAUACUGGCAGCCAACGAUGAAAUGGUCUUUAUGCAUGUAGAUGAACCCGGGGAUACUGGCUUUGGCACCAUCUAUGUGUCAGACGACAGGGGCAUGGUGUACUCCAAAUCUCUGGAGCGCCACCUCUACACGGCUACAGGAGGUGACAACGACUUCACAAAUGUCACAUCACUCAGAGGAGUGUUCAUGACCAGCGUACUAGCUGAAGACAACUCUGUGCAGACCGUGGUGACGUUCGAUCAGGGAGGAGAGUGGGAGCCCUUGAAGAAACCAGAGAACAGCCAGUGUGAUUCCACAGCAAAAGAUAAAAAUAAGUGUAAUCUUCAUAUUCAUGCUUCUUACAGUAUCUCCAUGAAGCUGAAUGUUCCAAUGCUGCCUCUGACUGAGCCUAAUGCUGUGGGACUGAUAAUUGCUCAUGGCAGUGUCGGAGAUGCCAUCUCAGUGCUGACUCCCGAUGUAUAUGUGUCUGAUGAUGGUGGUUACACAUGGCUGCGCGCUCUCGAGGGCCCCCAUCACUACGCCAUCCUGGACUCAGGAGGUUUGCUGGUGGCCGUAGAGCACAACCCCAAAGUGCCAAUUUCUAAGCUCAAAUUUUCCACAGAUGAGGGCCAAUGCUGGCAUGUGUACAACUUCACCGAGGAGCCAAUAUACUUCACUGGGCUCGCCUCGGAGCCGGGGGCUCACUCCAUGAAUGUUAGCAUCUGGGGCUAUAGAGAUUCCCUGCUAAGCCAGUACUGGGUCUCGGUCACCAUUGACUUCAAAGAGCUGCUCACUCGGGACUGUGUUGAUAACGACUACGUGCAGUGGCUGGCACAUUCAGAUGACAUCAGUGAUCCUAAUGAUGGCUGCAUGCUGGGUUAUAAGGAGCGUUUUCUGCGGCUCAAGAAGGACUCUGUGUGUUGGAAUGGACGCGAUUAUGUCAUCACCAAGCAGCCCACACCUUGUCCCUGCACACUAGAUGACUUCCUUUGUGACUUUGGAUAUUACCGUAAAGAGAACAGCUCAGAGUGUUUGGAGCAGCUUGAGCUCAAAGGCCAUGAUCUAGAGUUCUGCAUCCAUGGCAAGAAGGAACACCUACAGACCAAUGGAUAUCGGAAGAUUCCAGGAGAUAAGUGUGAGGGUGGCGUAAACCCUGAACGAAAAGAGAUUGAUAUGAGUAAAAAGUGUGUCAGCGAUCUACUGGAUCCGCAAUUGCAGACCCAGGAAGCAGGGAAGCCCAAACAUUCUGCCCUUAUUAUUGUGGUGGUCAUCGCCAUCCUGCUGAUCGGUUGUAUAGCUGGGAUUCUUUUUGUGAAGAAGUACGUCUGUGGUGGAAGAUUCCUGGUGCACAGGUAUUCAGUCCUGCAACACAAUGCCGAGGCUAAUGGCAUAGAGGGAGUGGACGAGCCUUUGGAUACGGAUGUGGUUGGAUACCCAAAGACCAGCUUCCAUGAGGACUCGGAUGAGGACCUUCUGGAAUAACAGCAGUGAGUCAGUGCCAGCAGAAACUGGGAGCUCUCUGUCUCCUUUAAUGCCUCGGGCAUCUUUGCUGCUGUUUCUAUUCCUGCUCUAAAGCACAACCCAGCCUCGAGCGUCUUCAAGCCUCGAAUAACUCCGCUCUAGUUCCUGCUUCUUUAGUAGGAGUGAAUUGCAAUUUUGCUAUAAAAGCAUCUCAUGAAUCUAGCUGUGCAGCCAGUGGUUAAACGACUUGAGCUUAGAUAAUACCUUGUCUAGGGAGCAGGCUCUAUAGGAGGACACUAUCUCAGAAUUAACAGUGGGGUACUUGUCAUGGCACUUAACUCUUAUACAGAAUGCUUCACCCUCUUUAGUAAUAUAUGCAGUUCAGAAUCAGUGACUGAGUGUAGUGUAUGAAGUUAGUCCAGGGAUAACAGUGAAUCAUAUCGCCUCAAUAUUUGACAGAAGCAUGAAAUAUGACUGUGAUAUUAGAUAUAUUUUUGAUAUUAGAUGUAUUUCCCCACCUCUGUUAUUUGAAAAUAUGAUCCUAUCAAAAAUAGAAGGUUUAUCAAGGUUAAUCACAUUUAUCAGAAAGCAAUACAAUGCAUAGAUACAGUGCAUCCGCAUGUAUCAGCAUACUCAUAGGCCAUACUUUUCUCAGUUUCUCAAAAAUGGAGAAAGGACUAUUUAGUUUACCUAAAAUGAUGCUACUGUGUAGACGGUUAUUAUAAUACUCCUUGUGGCUGUAUAGAUUAUAGACCGUCGUUUAGAAUGUUAACUUAUUUUACCCAGUGGAAGGGAAAAAUUUAAACAUGGACACGUGUAAAGAAAUGUUUGUAGUGUUAUCUAUAAGUAUACUGUAUAUGAUAUGUCCUGAGAUAAAUUUGUAGUCGACUGUUAGUUUUAUAGAAGACAAUAAUUUUCUGACGUUUUGUGAUGCUCAGCAGUUUUUGCACUGUGAAAUAUAAAACGGUAACACAAAGCCAACGGCUGCUUUUGUAAAAUGUCCAGUUACAAGCACAAAUGUGACUUUCCAAAGCCCUACUUACAGACAGACGGGCGUCAUAAAAAUUUUAAUUUCCUAUCAGGGUAAAUGUGAAGGAAAAUCAAGGAUACACUUAAAGGUAGCACAAAUAUAAUGUCUGACUUUUCCACAUUUUGAGUUCAUAUGCUCAGGUGAAAUUACCAGUAAUUCCAAAAAAAGUUGAGCAAUACCUUGUCAUGCUUAGACGACUGUGAGACUUGAGAUUGCAGACCUGCCCCAUUGUGUUUAACUGAGAAUGAGGAAAGAUUUCCCCCUCCUGUAAACAACCCAGGCUAAAGCUUUCGCAAUUUUUCUAAGUUUGAAGAUUCAAAUCAGUAGAACGUGACGAUUUUUGAGAUCCUGUGUUUUGAGAUCUAAUUUACUCAGUGUUUGUUCAGUAGAUUUUAGCUUCUGAUGAGAUCCCCAGUGUAACAGAACUGUUCUAUCACCUGCCUAUUUUAAUGACCCUAUGACACUGGCAGAAAUACUCUGUAAAGUAAUGCUUUGUUGUUAGGUCUUCUCUUUAGAAUUUACAAAGCUCAUAGAUAAUGACAAUAUCUUCUUAUAUAUGACAGUUAACUAUAAAUUACACAGAUUUUAUUAAGAGAAGUAAUAAUGGUGUGUAUGUUCAUUCAAGUGCCUAACGUGAAGGUAUGUGUGCCUUCAGAGAGAACUAUUAAGCCCAUCUUGUUAAAUAAUUAACAGUAAGGAGGCAGAUUGUUUUAUCUUUAAUAAUUUACUUGGUAGUCAGAGGUGAUUGAACUGAUUAAUAUGUCACUUGACUUUUUUCAGUAUGGGUCAUGCAUGAAAACUGAAGGAUUCUCCUGAGGUCGAGUUCAAUCUAUUGCAAACAACUGGGGUUUAGCAGUUUGUGAUUUGUGGAAAUAUAUAUGUAACUCUUCUCUGUUGUGUUUUAGGUUUCAUUUUAAAUGUGUACUUCUAUGCAUGCUAUCUUAGCAAAUAUGUCACAACACACUCGCGUGGCGUUCGGGGUUUAAAGCUUGAGAUGACGGCUGCAGCACAAAGACUACAUCGGUUUCUUACUUGAAGUAAAGUUGGUUUGCUUGGUGGGUUGUAAUAAUUUUCUUGCCUUUGAUAAUCAAUGUAAAUAACAUGAAGCUGGCUUUGUAAAUAUAAAACUGCAUUACCUUUGUAUUGGCCAUUUUUGCUCUGUAUAUUCUGAAAUAAAUAGACUCCACCCCC